AUCUAAGGAGAAACUAACCAGCCAUGGAACCCAAAGGAGAAACGCAGUGGAGCUCUAUUAUAGUUCUUUCGGUUCAAGAGAUGGUGAAGGAGAAGAUAAUCACUACCGUUCCUCCUAGGUAUGUCCAAUCUGGAGUCGUUGAAGAUUCUGAUCUAUUAACCGAGAUCCCAAUCAUCGACAUGAAGCAGUUGUGUUCUUUUACCUCCAUGGACUCUGACUCCGAGGUUCAGAAACUCAACUUGGCUUGCAACGAAUUUGGAUUUUUCCAGCUUGUAAAUCAUGGAGUAGACCCAAGUUUCUUGGACAUAACAAAGUGUGAGAUUCAAGAUUUCUUCAACCUUCCCAUGGAAGAAAAGAAAAAGUUUUGGCAACAACCAAAUGAGAUGGAAGGUUUUGGACAAGCUUUUGUGGUUUCAGAAGAUCAGAAACUAGACUGGGCAGAUAUGUUCUUCUUUAUAGUGCAACCUGUUGAAUUACGCAAGCCUCACUUGUUCCCCAAGCUACAUCUUCCCUUUAGAGAUACAUUAGAGAUGUAUUCCGCUCAAGUGAAGAGUAUAGCUAAGAUCUUAAUAGCGAAAAUGGGGGAAGCCCUUCAGAUAAAACCUGAGGAAACUGAAGAUUUAUUUGGUGAUGAUAUGCUACAGAGUAUGAGGAUGAAUUACUAUCCUCCCUGUCCGGAGCCUCAUCAGGUUAUUGGUCUAACUCCUCAUUCGGAUGCGGUGGCCCUCACCAUAUUGUUGCAGGUGAAUGAAGUUGAAGGUCUCCAAAUCAAGAAAGAUGGCAAGUGGGUUUCUAUCAAACCGCUCCCAAAUGCUUUCAUUGUUAACGUUGGAGACAUCUUAGAGAUCAUUACGAACGGAACAUACAAAAGCAUCGAGCAUCGUGCAGUGGUGAACUCGGAGAAAGAAAGGUUGUCUAUUGCGACAUUUCAUUAUCCAGGACUGUAUAAAGAAAUUUCACCCUCGAAAAGCCUCGUUGAAAAGCAACAAAAGGGUGCCAAUUUUAGAAGCCUGACAACUAAAGACUACUUGAAAGGCUUGUUCUCCAGUGAACUCUAUGGAAAAACUUAUUUAGAUGCGAUGAGAAUCUAAGGGAAGUGAUAUCUUGUUUCCCAAAAAUAUGCCUUCUCCAGACUGGUCCAUGUGUUUUGUUUUUGCAUCUCUCUUUUGUCUCUGGUUUAAAUCUGUUAAAUUCAAAAUAACACAGUGAGAUUGCUUGAAGGUUUGAUAUAAUAAGACUAAUAGGUCCAUAGCCUGUAGGGUCCAGGGACCGUAGGGUUGGUAUCAUAAGAGCAUGUUUAUCUCUAAGAAACCCAUU